CUUUGUAUAUACUCUAAAAAGUACGAUUUCUAGUUGUCAAUAACUUGAGAGAAUUUAAUUCGUUAUUUUCCGAAAUUAUUGACAUUUUUACGUGAUUAUUUGUUGAAGAAUUUGUGCUUUUAAAUCUUAUUGUGCAGAAUAGAAAGUCGAUUGCAGCACCAUGACGAUGAACAAGUUGGACGCCACGUUGGAUGAUGUACAGAACACGCGUUUCGGGAAUAUCUAUCAUGAUCUCAUCAAGCAAAUGGCCAAGACCACACAGUUUACAGAGGGUGAAGUGAGCAGCAUUUUGAUGGUUUAUCAUAAAUUCGUUUUGGCCAAUGGUUCCAAGGCGAAGCACAUGACAAAGAAACAGUUUUUCCAUCUAUUUUUGGUUCUGUUCAAAAUCUUCGAUCUACAGAUAAUCGAACGCAUACUCUUACACAUAACAUUGGAUAUGAAAAAAGAAGUAGAUGCCGUUGCUUGGGUGCGUCUCUUCUCCGUUUUUAUGACCAACAAAUUGGAUCAGAAAAUCAAGUUCACAUUUCAAAUUUACAAUAUUCAUGGUAACGGGUUUUUGAAUCGCGAAAUUGUGCAACAUGCUGUCGAGAAAUUCUUCGUAGGCGAAGACGAGGACGAAGUGAACGAGCUGCGUUCGGAUAUGGUCGAUUUAUUGUUCAAGAAAUUCGAUGUUGACAAGGAUGGUGUGAUAUCGUUUGAUGACUAUUCGCAGGUUGUCAUGAAACAACCGAUGUUGCUAGAGUUCUUAGGUCAAUGCUUUCCGUCGAUAAUUGGCACGACUGUAAUUGCACUUUGCGCGAAUAUUAUGUCCAAAGUUAGCUUUGACAAACAGUGUGUAUAAGCGGGUUGCGAGACCGGGAUAGAUAGAUCUCAAUUUCGUUUAUAUUUUUUUACACAUUCAUGCUAUAUGUAUGUAGUUUUUAUUUUGAAUAAAUUACUGUGCUUUUCGAUUGCAUUCUUCUGAAAGAA